GGGAAUUUUUGUGAGUCAUGAGAUAAUAUCGACUCGUUUUUUAUUAAAUUUGAAUUCAAAUUACGGGGAAUAUAUUUAAAACGAAACCUAUAUACAGGUACUUUCGGUCCUUUUUCGUUAUAAAAGUUCUGAUAUUUCAAUUUCAUCCCAUAUCAUCUUACUUGUGCGUGAUUUCAAGUGAUUACAAAGGACAAAGAUUUCCUGAAAGGAGGCGUUCCAUUGUUGACAAUAAAAAGAAACGUCCGUUUCAAACCGUUUUUAAAGUAUUCGAAACUCGAAAGCAUAGGAUCCAAUAUCAUCGGUUAAGUGAUCAAGAUUAAGAAUGGACAAUCCACGAUUAGAGCGAACGAUGUCCCUAACUGAUGUUAACACAUCUUCUGCAAUACGUGAUCGCAUUGAACGUGAUAUCACAGUUCCCGCAGACAGACGACCUCGCUUCUUCCUUGAACUACCAAGACACGACUUCAUCCUGCCAAGUCUGACUCGUUUUGAUCAAGAUUUUCGUAAAUUCUUGCUAUCAGUUUUAGUUGAUUUCAAUGUCAUGCAGGAACUAGAGGAGGCGAAAUGUGUUAACUGGUGUAAAAUGUUGCCUAAAUUUUUACCACUUCAAACGCUGGGUGAUGGAAACUGCUUGAUGCACGCAGUUUCACAGUGUAUGUGGGCUGUACAAGAUAGAAGAUUGACGUUAAGGAAAAGUGUUUACCAAGCUUUGAUAGAAGAUCAAACAGAUAUGCUUAGAAAACGUUGGCAGUUUGAGGAGGAGCAACGCCUUGAGAAACAAAAUGGGAGCCCUGUAGAUUGCAGCAAUGAACAAUGGGAUGAAGACUGGAGGAAAACUGUAGAACUUGCUUCAACAAAUUCCUUGAAUGCACUUGGCGAAAUUCAUAUUUUUGUUUUGGCAAACCUUCUUCGCCGCCCAAUUCUGGUUCUCUGUGAUGACAUCCUCAGAGGAAACUAUGAUGAAUCACUUUCAGAUGUCAAUCUUGGAGGUAUAUACCUGCCACUGCUGUGCGACUCUGUUGAUUGUGUUAAAUCCCCUGUUGUGAUUGGCUACCAUCAGGGUCAUUUUAUGGCACUAGUGAUGACAGAAGAUGGUAGUGCGACUGGUGAAGAUAUGUUCCGAAUGAAUAAAAAUGCAGUACCAUUAGUUAAAUACAAUGGUGAACCAAUGCAGUUACAUUUCGUACUACCAGACGAAUUGCAGAGCUCUGACAGGUUGUUGCGUGAGUACUUGAACUGUUCAAAAGUAGAUUACACUGAAAAUGAAGCUACGAGAACGAUUCUUGUGGCUACCAUGCAGUCUCAGGAGCCUGAGGUCCACCUCCAUCGGAUGUUCAAAACUUACUUUGGUGCAUUGCAAGCAGUCUAUAUGAAAAAACUUACAGAGAGGCAAAUAUCAUCUGGUCAAAACUAUAGAUCACCAUCACCUGGCAGCCCUUCAUGCAGCGAGCAAUUCCAUGAUAGGAGAACUGAGGUCGUAGCCCAGAACAACACAAGAUGCUGUAGUGCCCACAAGCGAUGCAAAAAUUCAGUUUGCACUUUUUACACCUCCCGCACAAACGACUACUGCCAUCGGUGUAGGAAAAGUGAACCUCAACUCUGUACAUCGCCAGGAUGUACGUUUGCUGGAAGUCCAGACUACGAAGGUCUUUGCUCAUCCUGUUUUGCCCGAUACCGUGCACUUCUAGAAGAAGAAGCUCCUGUCAUGGCAACCCCUUCUGCACCUCCUAGCAACAAAUGUUGCAACAGCAACUGCCCAAAUGAUGCUGGUGAAUAUUUUGGUGGAAAGUGUCACGAGUGUUAUUCAAACUAUAUUCAUAAUCCUAACCUUCAAGACUGGGCAGCCACAACUUCCUCGCAAAGUAGUGAACCACGUGCAAUGGAAAGACGUGUGAAGCAAGCUGAGAACAGUUUAAGUGUUGUUGGUCAACCAAGUCCAGCUUUACCUCGUCAAAGUUCCAGACUGUUCUGCUUCAAUCGAAUGUGUAACAAUCCUCUUGAACAAUCAGAUGAUAUUUACUGCAAAGCUUGUUCAUCCAGUCACAUUGAAGACUCUAGAGAAAUAAAUACUGUCUUUAAAGUUUGCCACGUUUCUGGCUGUAAUAUGCCAUCAGUGACUUACCAUAGAGAACUAUGUUUUAAGCACUUCAAGGAAUACGAGAGUCGCACCCAGAGCAAGCCAGACCAAAAACACGGUAAAGGAAAAUGUAUUAACAAAAACUGCCAAUUUUAUGGUAUUCCAGAGAACAACUACCUCUGCUCACAAUGUCAUGCAAAAGCCUUGCAAGAGGAAUAUGAUAGGCAAAGAAUUAAAGCUGAACAAGACAGAUCACAAGCGCAAUGGCUUGCACAGACUGCAAGUUCUGAACAACACCAAUUAGAGCCACUACGCAAACCAUUUUACUUUGAGGCAAUUUCUUCACCAAACCAAAGUUGCUCAGCUCCACCUUCACCACGCAAAGGAAAACGUGCACAAGAUCUUGUACCAUGCCCUACAAAAGGUUGCCCAAGGUUUGGAACCAAAGACAAUCAAGGCCUUUGCAACAUUUGCUUUCAGAAGAAAGAAAAACUACUUUAUUAUAAGGAAACCAGCAGUGUUGGACGUAACAGGCAUUCUAGUUUGCCAUGAAUUAACAUACAAUGUGCAUGGUUCAAAUGAUUUAUGUAAAUAUGACUGGUAUUAAAGUUUAAAUGUAUGAUAUAUAAAUACUUGAUUGUUAUUGUUAUAUAUGAUUGAUUAUUAGUUUUUUAUAGAACAUGUUAUUGACCUAAAAUUAUUGGGAAUAAGUGUAUCUUAAUGUAUAUAAUUUGUAGUCUUAGUGGUUUUGCAAUUAAUAAAGUUUAGUUCGAGGUGGUAA